AUGAGUGAUCACCCCCCAAAGGAGAUGUCUGACAACAACAACAGCCCUCUCUUGCCAGAGCCUCUUUCCAGCAGAUAUAAACUGUACGAAUCUGAGCUAAGCAGCCCUACCUGGCCUUCAGGCUCCCAGGACACACAUCCAGCCCUUCCCCUGCUGGAAAUGCCUGAGGAAAAGGAUCUCCGGUCAUCUGAUGAAGACAGCCACAUAGUGAAGAUUGAAAAACCCAAUGAAAGGAAUAAAAGGAGAGAGAGUGAGGUGUCCCGGAGGGCUUCUGCAGGCCGGGGGGGGUUCAGCCUCUUCCAAGCUGUGGGCUAUCUCACUGGUGACAUGAAGGAAUACAGAAACUGGCUGAAAGAUAAGCCCCUGGCCUUCCAGUUCCUAGACUGGGUCCUGCGGGGAACAGCUCAGGUGAUGCUUGUCAACAACCCCCUCAGUGGGCUCAUCAUCUUCAUAGGGCUCCUGAUCCAGAAUCCCUGGUGGACAAUUGCUGGGGUCCUGGGGACCGUGGUCUCCACCUUAGCUGCCCUUGCCUUGAGCCAGGAUAGGUCAGCCAUCGCCUCUGGACUUCAUGGCUAUAAUGGGAUGCUGGUGGGACUGCUCAUGGUUGUGUUCUCAGAGAAGCUAGACUACUACUGGUGGCUUCUGUUGCCUGUGACCUUCACAUCCAUGGCCUGCCCAGUUGUUUCUAGUGCUUUGAGUAGCAUCUUCAGCAAGUGGGACCUGCCAGUGUUCACACUGCCCUUCAACAUCACCUUAACACUGUACCUGGCAGCUACAGGCCAUUACAACCUCUUCUUCCCCACAACGCUUGUCAAGCCUGUGUCUUCAGCUCCCAAUAUCACCUGGACAGAGAUUGAAAUGCCUUUGCUGUUACAAACCAUCCCUGUUGGGGUCGGCCAGGUCUACGGCUGCGACAAUCCUUGGACAGGUGGCUUGAUCUUGGUGGCUCUGUUUAUCUCCUCACCACUCAUCUGCUUACAUGCAGCCAUAGGGUCAAUUGUGGGGCUGCUAGCAGCACUGACUGUGGCCACGCCCUUCGAGACGAUCUAUAUGGGCCUUUGGAGCUACAACAGUGUCCUCUCCUGUAUCGCCAUCGGAGGCAUGUUCUACGCACUCACCUGGCAGACACACGUGCUGGCCCUUGUCUGUGCCCUGUUCUGUGCAUACAUGGGAGCAGCCCUCUCCAAUAUGAUGGCAGUGGUUGGCGUGCCUCCAGGCACCUGGCCCUUCUGCCUCUCCACCCUCACCUUCCUUCUCCUCACAAGCAACAACCCUGGCAUCUACAAGCUCCCGCUGAGCAAAGUCACCUACCCAGAGGCCAACCGCAUCUACUUCCUGACAAUGAAAGGCAGUGAAGAAGAGAAGUCCCCCAAUGGUGGCAGUGGAGAGCAGGCACAGGGAGCAGGCCCGAGGAAGGCGGAGGGCCCCGAGACCGUGCUCCCCAGGCGCAGGAGCGUGUUCCACAUUGAGUGGUCAUCCGUCCGGAGGAGAAGCAAAGUGUUUGGAAAAGGAGAACACCAAGAGAAACAAACCAAAGAGCCAGUUCCCUACCCAUACCGGAAGCCCACAGUGGAACUCUUUGACCUAGACACCAUGGAGGAGAGCUCUGAGAUAAAGGUGGAGGCUGGCACAGCCAGGACUUCCUGGAUUCAGAGCUCCAUGGCUGCUGGUGGGAAGAGAGUCAGCAAAGCCCUCAGCUACAUCACAGGAGAGAUGAAGGAAUGUGGAGAGGGACUUAAAGACAAAUCUCCAGUGUUCCAGUUUCUGGACUGGGUGCUCCGCGGCAUGUCCCAGGUGAUGUUCGUGAACAACCCUCUCAGCGGUGUCCUCAUCACCCUUGGCCUCUUCGUGCAGAAUCCCUGGUGGGCCAUCUCCGGUUGCUUGGGCACUAUCGUGUCCACCUUGACUGCCCUUGUCCUGAGCCAGGACAGGUCGGCCAUUGCGGCGGGACUCCACGGCUACAAUGGGGUGCUUGUGGGGCUCCUGAUGGCUGUGUUCUCAGACAAGGGCAACUACUACUGGUGGCUGCUGCUCCCUGUCAUCGCCAUGUCUAUGACUUGCCCCAUCCUUUCCAGUGCCCUGAGCACUGUCUUCAGCAAGUGGGACCUCCCCGUCUUCACUCUGCCCUUCAACAUUGCCGUGACCCUGUACCUGGCAGCCACAGGCCACUACAACCUCUUCUUCCCCACAACGCUGCUGCAGCCUGUAGCCGCCACACCCAACAUCACCUGGUCGGAAGUCCAAGUGCCUUUGCUUCUGCGAGCCAUCCCAGUUGGGAUUGGCCAAGUGUACGGCUGUGACAACCCCUGGACUGGAGGCAUCUUCCUCAUAGCUCUAUUCAUAUCAUCACCUCUCAUUUGCUUGCAUGCUGCCAUUGGAUCCACCAUAGGGAUGUUAGCAGCACUCAGCAUCGCCACACCAUUUGACUCCAUCUACUUUGGCCUGUGUGGCUUCAACAGCACGCUAGCCUGCAUUGCCAUCGGAGGCAUGUUCUAUGUCAUCACCUGGCAGACCCACCUGCUUGCCAUUGCCUGUGCACUGUUCGCAGCCUACCUGGGUGCCGCCCUGGCCAACAUGCUGUCUGUGUUUGGAUUACCACCCUGCACCUGGCCCUUCUGCCUCUCAGCGCUCAUCUUCCUUCUCCUUACAACCAACAACCCUGCCAUCUACAAGCUCCCGCUCAGCAAAGUCACCUACCCAGAGGCCAACCGCAUCUACUUCCUGUCCCAGGAGAAGAACAGAAGGGCAUCAACCAUAACAAAGUACCAGGCCUACGAUGUCUCCUAA